CCAGGACCGCCAGUGGACAACACCACAGGAGUCGAGGGACAGGUCCGCCUGGCCAAUGAAGGAAACAGCUCCUGCUCUGGCAGAGUAGAGAUCUUCCUCCUUGGACAGUGGGGGACAGUGUGAUGACCACUGGUUGAUGCUCAGGUGCUGUGCAGACAGCUGGGUUGUGGCAGGGUCCUGUCAGCACCACAAAGUGCACGGUUUGGACAGGGCAGUGGACCCAUCUGGUUGGACGAUGUCAUUUGUUCAGGAAGGGAACCAUCGAUAACAGACUGCAGACAUCCAGGGUUCGGGGUCCACAACUGUGGACAUAAUGAAGAUGCAAGUGUUGCCUGUGAAUUCCAGCGCCCUCCACUCCAGCAUCCUCAGCUCAUCUGUGGACGUGAUGAAAUCCAAAUAGGGCUAAAUAUGGCUGCCAUAACAGCCAUGGGUUUGAACCCACUCUCCGGAAACCUGGCAGUUCGAAACUGCUCCCGGGUCAGAAUGCAUAAUGAUGUAGUUUGGUACGAGGUGGACGAUCAGGCAGGUGCAUGUGGAAACACACUGAUGACCAACCGUACACACGCCAUCUACUCCAACAGUUUAUAUCUCUACAGAGGAAAAGUGUCCUUCUCACGUCCUGUGAUUCUUCCCUUCUCGGUUUUAAAAUGGUGCCCCACUGACCGACAGCAAGUGGAAGUGAUCGAGAGCGGCUCAUCCCAACAGGCUCAUUUCUCCGCCCUGUUUGUCUUGAUCCACGGUGAAUACAGUGACAUUUACCUCCACUGCAGCCUCAGCCUGUGUGACCAGAGGAACUCCCGCUGUGCCCCAUCUUGCAGAAGAAGGACAUCUCGCUCUGUUUCCAGCUCUGCUCCUCUGAAGCCCCUCACCGUUGGACCAAUCACUUGGUACAAGUCACCUGAGUGAGCUGGUAACAUAUAAUACAUACAUAAUAUAAUGAGUUUGU